UCGUCCUCCUCUUCCCUCUUUCCCUAUCUCGCUCUACAGCAUUGUCUUAUAUCGUUUCGUAGUCGCUCGUUUCCGUCGUUCGAAUCGUUCCUUUCGCAAAUAUGAAGUUCACCUCAGCCAUCUCUUCCGUGGCCUCGCUUGCCUCGCUCGCUGUUUACGCGUCGGCUUCCUACAUCAGCACAAAGGAGGUCUCCGGCAGAUAUUUCGUUGACUCCGACUCUGGAGAAGCUUUCUUCCUCAAGGGUGUUGACUACCAGCCCGGAGGAUCUUCGUCCUUUGAGGAUGGAAGCGAUCCCCUCUCUGAUGUUGAGUCUUGCACCCGUGAUAUCGUUCUCUUCCAGGAACUUGGCAUCAACACCAUCCGUAUCUACUCCAUCGACCCCAGCAUUGACCACGACGAGUGCAUGACCAAGCUCGCUGCUGCUGGAAUCUACCUUCUCCUCGAUGUCAACACUCCUAUCUACGGACAGAGCUUGAACAGAGAUGAGCCCUGGACUACCUACACUGAGUCCUACCUCACCCACGUCUUCGCGGUUAUCGAGGCUUUUGCUGGAUAUAACAACACCCUCGGCUUCUUUGCUGGAAACGAGGUUGUCAACAACGAGACCUCGGCGGAGGCUUCCCCCCACUACGUCAAGGCUGUCGUUCGUGACAUGAAGGAGUACAUGGGCAACCACACCAUUCGCCAGAUCCCCGUCGGCUACUCUUCGGCUGAUGACUUGGACUACCGUGUCUCCCUUGCCAACUACCUCGAGGCUGGUCCGGCUGAGGAUGCCGUCGACUUCUAUGGUGUCAACUCUUACGAAUGGUGUGGCGAAAACACCUUCGAGGGUGCUGGUUUCGACACUUUGGUUGAGAACUUUGAGAACUACACCAUCCCUGUUUUCUUCUCUGAGUUUGGUUGCAACCUUGUUCAGCCCCGUCUCUUUGAGGAAGUUGCGUCGAUCUUCUCCAACAACAUGUCGAAGGUCUUCUCCGGCGGUUUGGUUUACGAGUACUCUCAGGAGGAUUCUGACUACGGUCUCGUCAGCAUUGCUGAUGAUGGAAGCGUGACCAUGCUCUCUGACUUCACUGCUCUCUCGGCCAAGUUCGCUACUGCUACCACCAGCGGCCUUUCCACCGCUAGUGCCAGCGCUCGCCCUACUACUUACUUGGACUACUACAACAACAUUGAUUUUAACACCACCAUCCCUGACACUCUUGCGUCUACUGUCAUUGCCGAUGGUCUUAACUCCACUUACGUCCGUGGUGCUUUCGUCAAGAUCUCUGACCUUUCUUCCAACUACUCGAUCUAUGACGUUUCUGGUGACGCGGUUGAUGCCACCAUGACCACCAAGAUCGCUCUUACCAUCCCCACCGACUCUGCUAUUGAGCAGACCGACUCUGAUGCUGAUGAGGUUGACUCGUCUGCCUCUGCCUCUGCCUCUGCCUCUGCCUCGAGCACUGCAUCGAACACUGCCUCGACCUCUGACUCGACUGGCUCGUCUGCCAGCGCGACUUCGUCUUCGUCGAGCUCUACUUCCUCGUCUGCCUCGCUCUCCAACUUUGUUUCCAGCAGCGAAAAGAUGGGCGUGGCUGCUCUUUUGGCGGCCGCCGUUGGUCUUGCUGUCGUCUAAAUCUGUUGAUAGAUUUUGAUUGCGGAUGUGUAAAAGUGGACCUGUUUUAGACAUUUUUCUUUUAUUUUUUUGUGUUUCUGUUUGGUGUUUGCUGUGUUGUAUCCAGCCUUUUCUUAUGUUGUUUUAUAUAUGAUAAAUAGGUAAAUUGGACGGUUUUUCUGGAAAAUAUGAUUGUAGAAUUGUUACUGUUGUAGAAUCUGUAAAACUAUUUGGCAU